CCACAACUUUAGCAUCUUGUGGAGGACUUGGACACUCAAAGGACUAGGCUUCAGGUCCUGUUUGUGACUCAACAGCUUUGGGGCAAGCCUACUGGGAAAUUUUCACUUCUAACUAGACUUCCCAGACAGUGCUGAGGCUGCUGUUCCAGGGAUCACACUCAGAUCCACUGUAUUGGAAAUCUCUGCUGACCUGGCUCAAAUCAAGACACUUGGAGGUUCUCCGUAUCACUUCUGAGGAGGAGACCCAUGCACUUAGGGUCAAGUGGCACUUAGGGGACCCAAUCUGUGCAGAGUUGCCUGGAGCACAUUCCUUCCAGGACCUGUCGCCAACUUAGAAACAACAAUAAACCAGGACAGUUUUGGCAUGUGACGGACUUCCACUUAGAUCCUACUUACCACAUCACAGAUGACCACACAAAAGUGUGCGCUUCCUCUAAAGGUGCAAAAGCCUCAGAUCCUGGUCCUUUUGGAGAUGUAAUGUGUGAUUCUCCUUAUCGCCUCAUUUUUUCAGCACUUGAUUUUAUUAAAAAUUCAGGACAAAAAGUAUCUUUUAUGAUAUGGACAGGGGAUAGCCCGCCUCAUGUUCCAGUGCUUGAACUCUCAACAGACAAAGUCAUAAAUGUGAUUGCUAAUCUCACAACCACUAUCCAGCGUCUCUUUCCAAAUCUCCAGGUUUUCCCUGCACUGGGUAAUCAUGACUACUGGCCACAGGAUCAACUGCCUGUAGUCACCAGCAAAGUGUACAAUGCAGUAGCAAACCUCUGGAAACCAUGGCUGACUGAAGAAGCUAUUACUACUUUAAGGAAAGGUGGCUUUUAUACACAGAAAGUUUCAAAUAAUCCGAAACUUCGGAUCAUCAGUCUCAACACAAACUUAUACUAUGGCCCAAAUUCCAUGACCCUAAAUCAGACUGAUCCAGCAAAUCAAUUUGAAUGGCUAGAAAAUACACUGAACCUCUCUCAGCAAAAUAAAGAGAAGGUGUACAUCAUAGCUCAUGUUCCAGUGGGGUAUCUGCCUUUUGCAAAGGGCAUCCCAGCAAUGAGACAAUGCCAUAAUGAGAAAUUGAUAGACAUUUUUAGAAAAUACAGUGACAUCAUUGCAGGACAAUUUUAUGGACAUACUCACAGAGAUAGUAUUAUGGUUCUUUCAGAUAAAAAAGGAAAGCCAGUAAAUUCUUUGUUCGUGGCUCCUGCUGUUACUCCAGUGAGAAGUGUUUUAGAGAGACUGACCAACAAUCCCGGUGUCAGACUAUUUCAGUAUGAUCCUCGUGAUUAUAAAUUAUUGGAUAUGCUGCAGUAUUACUUGAACCUGACAGAUGCUAAUAUAAAGGGAGAAUCCAAUUGGAAGCUGGAGUAUAACCUGACCCAGGCCUAUGACAUUGAAGAUUUGCAGCCAAAAAGUUUGUAUAAGUUAGCUAAACAAUUUGCAAUCCAAGAGAGUGAACAGUUCAUAAAAUACUACAAAUACUUCUUUGUGAGUUAUGACAGCAGUGUAAUUUGUCAGGGAAAAUGUAAGAUCUUUCAGAUUUGUGCAAUUAUGAAUCUUGAUGUUAUUUCUUAUACAGAUUGCUUGAGACAAUAUCAUAUGAAGCACAGUCUGUAAUAUUUCACAGUUUGUUCUCUUUGAUAAUGAAACAGUGCUCUGCUUCUUGAGAUCAGUUGGUGGAAAUUGUUAUGCAAAUCUUUGUGAGUUACUGAGUGGGCAGGAAUAAUUCCUGUCUUUGCUUUUUUAUGAUGCAAAAAUGUAGUACUCUCAAUUUUUAUUAUAUCGAAUGUAUUUAAAUUGCCCAUUACUAGAAUGAUGUUUGAAUGUAAAUACCCUAUCUUCCAGGACUUCCUAGGUGGCUCAGUGGUAAAGAACCUGUCUGCCAAUGCCAAGGCAGGAGACUCAGGAAAUUCAGGUUCAAUCCCUGGGUCCGGAAGUUCUCCUGGAGUAGGAAAUGGCAACCUGCUCCAGUAUUCUUGCUUGAAAAUUUCAUGGACAGAGGAGCUUGAUGGGCUACAGUCCAUGGGGUCCCAAAAAGUGGGAUACAACUGAACACGCACGCACCUUAUCUUCCAGUUUAUUAUAAUUGUACCUAAUUUAUACUCUUGUUGAAAUUGUCAUUUAUACAAUAAAACAAAUUAUUUUUCCUUAA